UACAAUUGGUUACAUUGUGCCCGCACUGAGUGAGAGAGGGAGAGAGAGCCCCACAGUGUCACAGAGAGAGAAACAGAGAAGACGAGAUAUCGGGUUAAAGCUAAAGGGGACCGGAGUGUAACAGGGAGGGAAGGAUUGGCGAGAAGCUGGGGAAUCAGGUCUGAGAAACCCGGUCGUGCGUGAGUAAUAUCGGGACUGACAGACCCCAAGAUGCCGUCAGAGCGGCCCUUUAAACACAGGAGGAGCUUUGCUGAAAGAUGUGCUGAGGUUCGUCAAAUCCGUGAGCAACAUCCCAGUAAAAUCCCGGUCAUUAUUGAGAGAUACAAGGGAGAAAAACAACUUCCUGUGUUGGACAAAACAAAGUUUUUGGUGCCUGAUCAUGUGAACAUGAGCGAACUAGUGAAGAUCAUCAGGCGUCGACUGCAGCUAAACCCGACACAAGCCUUUUUCUUGUUGGUGAACCAAAGGAGCAUGGUUAGCGUGUCAUCUGCCAUCCUGGACAUAUACGAGCAAGAGAAAGAUGAAGACGGUUUCCUGUAUAUGGUGUAUGCCUCACAGGAAACCUUUGGCUAAUGAAGAUACUCCAUUGCUCAGUAUGUACUCGCAUAUGCUAACAAAUAUGUGUAUGAAAACAAGACACCUGUUGAUACUGACAUUAAUGUUUGCACACAUUUUCUAUUCUCUAGGUUGACACACAUACAAGUUGUUGCACAUGCAUUCCACUUGAAUUUGCACACCCUUGUGUGCAGUUUGUUCCCCAUGCAUAAUGUCUUGCAGCAACAUACUGUACACCUCCUGAAACACAAGCUCUCAUAAUCACCUUCGUCCUCUGCUUUCACACAAUCAACUUACUGCUGUUACACGCAAACCUUUUUUGUCCAUUAUCAAGACACUGCAGGGACUCAGAAUAAUAGCAAAUGCUCAACCUGUUUUGUGCAACCAGAAUUUUUUUCUCGGGAUUAUUCAUUCAUAUACAAACGUACACCAUGUGUCUUGUGGAUUUGACAUGACAACCUUGCUGACUUUUCCCGCCAUUUUAUCAUGCAUUUUAGAAGCCACCAAUCAGUUGGCUUUAUAAACCGGAACUCACCUUGGUGUACAGUAGAACCUUUCUGUGGAAAUGUUUUUAGAAAAUAUGGCAGUAUAUAUUGAGAGGAAACGUCAGUAGCAAUUCAGAGUGACACCUAUUUGUUUUUCUAUUUUAAGUAGCUGCUUGUUGGCCAAAUCUGCAUUGAAUUUAUGUGGUAAAAAAAAAAAUGAAGUACAAAUCUUUUAGGUGCAAAUUGAUAAUAGUUUUGUACAAGUUCAUACCUUUUGUCUGUCUUGUUAAAAUGUAUUGAUUUCAUGCUUGAAUAUAUUAGUGCUUUUAACCCUUUUUUUCUCAGACCCCCUGACCCGAGUUCUAAUAUAUUUAGGACAAAAAAAAAUGUCCUGAAAAUGUAACCAGCCGCCCUUCUGAAAAACUCUCAAAA